AUGCAAUUAGAAAAAAAUACAAUUGAUCUUAUUAGAAAACUAUCAAAAAAACAUCCUAAACCUCAAAAUGUUAUAUAUUUAUAUGGAACAGCGGGCUUUCGUAUGAAUCAUAAACUUUUAGACUCAGUCAUGUUUAGAUCAGGACUAUUUUCGUCUUUAAGAUCCAAAAAAUUACAAGGAAAAACAAUUGGAAUUAUGAUAACGGCAUCUCACAACCCAGCGGAAGAUAAUGGGAUAAAACUUAUAGAUCCUUAUGGAGAAAUGUUAGAAAUAACAUGGGAAGAACAUUUUAACAGUAUUUCAAACGCAGAAAAUACAGAUAUUUUAAUUUCACUAAUUGAGGAAAUGAUUUCUUCGCAAAAAAUAGAUCUUAAAAUAAAAUCAAACGUUAUUUAUGCAGGAGAUACAAGACAAUCGAGAUUAGAUUUAAUAAAAUCUCUUGUAGACGGAUUAUCUUGUUUUGAGACAUCAUGGACAAAUUAUAAAUUAUUAACUACACCGCAGUUACAUUAUAUUGUACAUAGCAUUAAUACGAAAAAUACACCAGAAACUUAUGGAGAACCAACUGAACUCGGAUAUUAUAAUAAACUUUCAAAAGCAUAUCAAUAUUUAAUGAAAGAUCAGAUUUCUCAAACACCUCUUUUUGUUGAUUGUGCAAAUGGGAUUGGUGCAUUAAAAUUAGAAAAUCUUUGUCAUUUAAUAAACAAAAAUAUUUUAAAUGUUAAAAUAAUUAACAAAAAUACAAAUAUUCCAUCUGAUCUUAAUAGAGAAUGCGGAGCAGAUUUUGUUAAAGUACAGCGUAAAUUACCAUUAGGAAUCAAAACAAAUACAAGGGGUAGAUGCCUAAGUUUUGAUGGAGAUGCUGAUCGCAUUAUAUACUAUUAUAUAGAUUCAGACAAUAAUUUUAAAUUAUUAGAUGGAGAUAAAAUAGCAUCAUUAAUAGCUAUAUUUAUGCUAGAAUUUAUCAAAAAAGCAUCAAUUGAUGUAAAUAUUGGCAUAAUACAAACAGCUUAUUCUAAUAGAAGUUCUACAAAUUUUAUUUCAAAAAUAUUAAAAAUACCGGUAAACUGUGUGUUAGCCGGGGUUAAACAUCUUCAUCAUGCUGCAAUGCAAUAUGAUUGUGGAAUAUAUUUCGAAGCUAAUGGUCAUGGAACUAUUAUUUUUUCUAAAAAAAUGAAAUUCCUUCUAUCAUCAUAUCAAGAAAAGUCGCCUUCACAACUAGCUGCUGCAAAUUAUCUCAAAGAACUGAUUAAUUUAGUAAAUCAAACUAUAGGCGAUUCGUUAUCCAAUAUGCUAUUAAUAGAAGUUAUUCUUGCAUAUAAAAAUUGGAAUAUAGAGGAUUGGGAUAAUAUUUAUACGGAUUUUCCAAACAGAAUGAUAAAUGUUAUAACAAAAAAUAAGGAGCUUUACGAAACAAUAGGUUCUAAUUAUAGACUUGUCAAGCCAAAAGAACUACAACAGAAAAUAGAUGCUUUAGUUUCAAAUUAUAAAGAAGGAAAAGCAUUUAUUAGAGCAUCUGGAACAGAAAAUAUAGAUAAAGUAUAUGCAGAAGCAUUAACAGAAAAAGAUGCAGAUGAACUUGCAUUUAAGGUUGCUCAACUAAUUUACUAA